GGCUAGGAAAGCAAACACUUCGUAUUUCAGGAGUAAAUUAUAAGGUUAUAUUCAAAUGGACGCUUGUAAGAUUUUGAGAAGCAUCAGGUGUGCAGAGAAAUUUGUCCCUAGGAGGCCACUGUGGGACGGUGCUAUUACACACACUACGGCGCGAGCCAGGCGGAGGUCGUCGUGGAAGUGCGUCCCGUGGAGCGGCGGUGGGAGCCAACUGACCGUGCUGUCGUUCGGCCUUUGGUUUCGAGUCCUUUCCGUGGGGCCUUCCUGAAGUGGUCGGCUCCGGGAAGAAGGCAGCCAUGGAAGAUCUGGGGGAGAACACCACCGUCUUGUCUACCCUGAGGUCCUUAAACAACUUCAUUUCCCAGCGAGUGGAGGGAGGGUCUGGUUUGGAUACCUCCACCUCUGCCCCGAGUUCUCUGCAAAUGCAGUACCAGCAGAGUGUGCAGUUGGAGGAAAGAGCUGAGCAGAUCCGCUCGAAGUCCUACCUCAUCCAGGUGGAGCGGGAGAAGAUGCAGAUGGAGUUGAGUCACAAGCGGGCACGCGUGGAGCUGGAGAAGGCAGCCAGUACCAGUGCCAGGAACUAUGAGCGUGAGGUUGACCGUAACCAGGAGCUCCUGGCACGCAUCCGGCAGCUUCAGGAUCGGGAGGCUGAGGCGGAGGAGAAGAUGCGGGAGCAGCUGGAGCGCCACAGGCUGUGUAAACAGAACCUGGACUCUGCCAGCCAGCAGCUGCAGGAGCAGGAGGACAGUCUGGCCACAGCCAGCGAGACGAUCGGCACCUUGAAGGGGCGAGUCUCAGAGCUGCAGUGGAGCUUGAUGGACCAGGAAGUGCAAGUAAAGCGGCUGGAGUCUGAGAAGCAGGAGCUCCAGGAGCAGCUUGACUUGAAGCACAGAAAAUGGCAGGAAGCAAAUCAGAAAAUUGAAGAGCUCCAGGCCAGCCAAGAAGCCAGAGCAGACCAGGAACAGAAGAUUAAGGACCUGGAGCAGAAACUGUGCCUGCAGGAGCAGGAUGCCGCUGUCGUGAGGAGCAUGAAGUCUGAGCUGCUGCGGCUGCCCAGGGUGGAGCGGGAGCUGAAGCGCCUGCGGGAGGAGAACGCGCACCUGCGGGAGAUGAGGGACACUAACGGGCUGCUCACGGAGGAGCUGGAAGGGCUGCAGCGGCGGCUGGGUCGCCAGGAGAAGAUGCAGGAAGCUCUGGUCGGCCUGGAGCUGGAGAAGGAGAGGCUGCUGGCAAAGCUGCAAAGCUGGGAGACGCUGGACCAGACCACAGGUUUGAACCUCAGGACCCCUGAAGACCUUUCCAGAUUCAUUGUUGAGCUGCAACAGCGAGAGCUGGCCCUGAAGGAGAAGAACAGCGCCAUUACCAGCAGAGUCAGCAGCCUCCCUCUGGAGAGACUCAGCAAUCCCCUCCUGUUGCUAGCUGCCCGGAUGCAUGCUUUGAGAUACUAUGCCCGGGGGCUGGAGAAGGCCCAGCAACAGCUACAGGAGGAGAUGCGACAGGUCAGUGGCCAGCUCCUGGAGGAGAGGAAGAAGCGCGAGAACAACGAGGCACUGGCCCGGAGGCUGCAGAAGCGUGUCCUGCUGCUAACCAAGGAGCGAGAUGGCAUGCGCGCCAUCCUAGGGUCCUACGACAGCGAGCUGACCCAGGCUGAGUAUUCACCCCAGCUGACACGCCGCAUGCGGGAGGCUGAGGACAUGGUGCAGAAGGUGCAUGCCCACAGCUCAGAGAUGGAGGCUCAGCUGUCACAGGCCCUGGAGGAGCUGGGAGUCCAGAAGCAGAGAGCUGACAUGCUGGAGAUGGAGCUGAAGAUGCUAAAGUCUCAGCCGAACACUGCUGAGCCAAGCUUUGCAUUCUGCAGAGAGGAGGUGGAUACACUCAGGUUGAAGGUUGAGGAGUUGGAGGGGGAGCGGAGCCGCUUGCAGCAAGAAAAGAACAUGCUGGAAAUGCAGCUGGAACGGCGCACUCUGCAGGGCGACUAUGACCAGAGCAGAACCAAAGUGCUGCACAUGAGCCUCAACCCCACCAGCCUGGCCAAGCAGCGCCUACGUGAGGAGCGGGACCGGCUGCAGGAGGAGUGUGAGCGGCUGCGGGGGCUCGUGCAUGCCCUGGAGAGAGGAGGCCCCAUGCCCACUGACCUGGAGGCCACCACUGGCCUGGCCUCAUCCAAAGAGGUGGCAGAGCUCCGGAAGCAGGUAGAAAGUGCUGAGCUGAAGAACCAACGGCUCAAGGAGGUGUUCCAGACCAAAAUCCAGGAGUUCCGCAAGGUCUGUUACACACUGACGGGCUACCAGAUCGACAUCACCACUGAGAGCCAGUACCGGCUAACCUCACAGUACGCAGAGCACAAGACCGACUGCCUCAUCUUCAAGGCCACAGGACCUUCGGGCUCCAAGAUGCAGCUGCUGGAGACGGAGUUCUCCCGCUCGGUGCCCGAGCUCAUCGAGCUGCACCUGCUGCGCCAGGACAGCAUCCCGGCCUUCCUCAGCGCGCUCACCCUCGAGCUCUUCAGCCACCAGACCACUGCCUAGCCGCCCACCGUGAUCCAGCCCGCCGCGUCCCUGAGUCCUCCAAGGGCCAGGCAGGCGGCUGCAUGGAGUGAUCAGGCAUAACCCAGUCCAGUCGGGCGGGCAGCCCUGCCCUGACCCCAGCCCGCACCACACAAUUGUGUGGGAGGACUGCACCUGCCACCCGGGGCCUUGCCCCUCAUCCUGCUCUGGAGUCGGUUCCCAGGGCCACUGCGCUGCUCAGACAGUCCCCUGGGGCCCAGUGAGUCCCCACGUCCUCACUUCAUGAAAUAAAGUUUCUUCUCCGUUUGCCCCCA